UCUGGUCAAUGCUGACCAAAUCAUCUCAAUGCGCACCGUAUUGAAUCUCUCUCUCUAUGUGAACUGGUGGUUGAGUCCUCGACCAGUUCAGCCAGUUUCGGAGAAUUCUCCAGCGAACCGAAUCUCUCUUCUGCACAACUCAGCCUCUUCAGUCCAACACCUCUCCAUGGCCAUCUCUUAUUCGCACUUGGUCUCCCCUCUGACACUGCAUUUCACACCCAGAUACGCUCACACUAGUUUCAAUAGAAAAAUUCCGGACUUCUCUGUCUCCACCAAAACCAAUUUGUUAAAUCUCACUUAUUGCAGUAUUAAACCCCAAAGUUUUGGAAUCCCAUGUUCGUUAUUCGAAGAAUCAUUUGGCAACGAAAAUAGGCGUAAGAAUGCCAAUCUCUUAAUGAUACUUGAAAAAUGGGUUUGUUGUGUACAUUCUGUGCUUCCUGGUGGUAGUUGGUGGAAUCUGCCCGAUUCUGAAGAUGUAGGAAGCAGUUCAGCGAAGCCAAUUACUGUCUGGGUCGCUCUUCGGCGAAUAAGGGCACUGAUUGCCGACGAUAUAUGGAUUAUAUAUGUUGCGUUUGGUUCGUUAGUCAUAGCUGCGUUUUCAGAGAUCACGAUGCCAAACCUAUUAGCUACAUGUGUCUUCUCUGCGCAGAGUGGUGAUUCGAUGGUGUUUUAUAAGACUUCACAAUUCUUGGGUAUAUUGUGUAUUACCUCAGGGAUAUGCAGUGGCUUGCGAAGUGGUUGCUUUGCGGUUGCAAAUAUGAUUAUGAUGAAGCGUCUGAGGGAAACUGUAUACUCAGCUCUUCUCCUUCAGGAUAUUUCCUACUUUGAUGCUGAAGCAGUCGGUGGUUUGACAAGUAGGCUUGGUACUGAUUGUCAACAACUAGCUAAUGUCAUAGGAAAUGAUAUUAAUUUGAUAUUACGCAACGCUUUGCAGGGGAUGGGUGCAUUGAUAAGCUUGUUGACUUUGUCUUGGCCUCUUGCAUUAUCAGCAGUGAUGAUAUGCUGUAUUCUAUCUACAGUCCUUUUAUUUUAUGGCAAGUACCAAAAGCAAGCUGCUAAGAUGACUCAAGAUUUGACGGCCUGUGCAAACAACGUUGCCGAAGAAACAUUUUCUUUGAUGAGAACUGUCCGGGUUUGUGGAACUGAAGGGGAGGAACUUGGAAGGUACAAGAAAUGUCUAGAAGAGAUAGCUGUUAUCAGCAUUAGAGAAAGCGUGGCUUACGGAUUCUGGAAUAUGAGUUUUAACAUCCUUUAUCGCUCGACACAGGUGUUUGCCCUGCUGUUGGGAGGAAUGUCUAUUUGCACUGGUCAUGUAUCACCUGAGCAACUAACAAAGUACAUAUUAUACUGUGAAUGGUUAAUCUAUGCAACCUGGAGGAUGGUGGACAGUUUAACUUCCAUACUCCGGUCCAUUGGAGCAGGUGAAAAGGUGUUCCAGUUAAUGGAUCUCUUGCCGGGUGAUCAAUUCUCGUCAAAAGGUUUGAAGUUGCAAAGAUUAAUGGGACAUGUUGAGUUUGUGAAUGUAUCUUUUCACUAUCCUUCGAGGACAACAGCACCCAUUCUAAAACAUGUAUACUUUAGCAUACAAGCCAAGGAGGUGGUUGCCAUUGUUGGUGCAAGUGGUAGUGGAAAAAGCUCAUUGAUCAAUCUCUUGCUUCGUCUCUAUGAGCCAAUUAAUGGUCAGAUCUAUAUUGAUGGUUUCUCUCUUAAAGACUUGGAUAUCAGGUGGUUGAGAGAAAGAAUCGGAUAUGUGGGACAGGAGCCCCACCUAUUUCAUAUGGAUAUCAAGUCAAACAUUACAUAUGGUUGCUCUCGAGACAUUAAACAGGAAGAAAUCGAAUGGGCUGCAAAGCAGGCCUACGCUCAUGAGUUCAUUUUAUCUCUUCCUGACGGUUACGAGACCCUUGUGGAUGAUGAUUUACUUAGUGGAGGACAAAAGCAGCGAAUUGCUAUUGCUAGAGCCAUUCUUAGAAACCCUGCUAUUCUGAUUCUUGAUGAACCCACAAGCGCAUUGGAUCCUGAAAGUGAAUUUCACUUGGAGGAGGUUCUUAAUGGAUUCAGAAAUGAUAAUAAAGCCAAAACAACUGUGAUUGUUGUAGCUCACAGACUCUCUACCAUUAAGGCAGCUGACACAAUUUUUGUGAUGGACGGUGGUCAAAUUGUUGAGACUGGUGCCCACUCGGAGCUCCUGUCGAAGGGAGGGUUGUACGCCCGGCUAAUCAAAGUACAGGCAGAUGCCAUAGUUUGAUUUGAGAUCUGAAGAUCCAUUUAUAUCUGGCAGAUGAUAAUCAAUGGUGCGAUUGUCCGCACUAUUAUGGUCUAACCCUGCUAAAAUUUUCGCUUGUGUGCUGCCUGCAAGAUGUGUGUAUGUAUUUCACAUUGUGACUGCCCAGUGUCAUUUGACUAGCGUCAUAGCCGCCUACCAGUGACCCUACAAUCACUGCUUCUCACCUGCAAAGCAUCUAUCGUACAAUGUGGUUUGUACUCAUAGCUUUUUCUUCAAGUCAAUUGUAAAGCUGGUUUGAUGUUUCUGGUCCUAAAGGACACUAUUGAUUCUGUGGGG